GUCGCAGCCAACGAAUUCGAAUAGGUUAGGAGUCAAGCCUAUAUGCUUACAUUGCAUUGUAUGUCGUCGAAUUUGCGUAGUUUUUGUGCGCACUUUUGACUCAUUUGUCUACCAAUGCCGACCAAAGUGUCAGCAUUGGAUCAACAUAAUAAUAAUACUAACUUGUGGAAUCACCUACCAUUAUUAUCUACAAACACUCGCACUUUUGAACAAUAUCACGAAGCAUACGAAUUUAAUGACAGAAUUGCCAAGAAAUUGAGCUAUGCCAAGUGCACUUUACUCCUCAUUAUAGACUAUGAUAAUGGGGAGAAAAACAAAUUCUUGACUGGCUACUUCCACCUAGUCUCAAUUCGUUGGCCGUAGCAGAAUUUUUUGUCAUCGCAACUAAUUUCAGGAUUUGGAGGAAUUUUUGCUCUGGCAACACUGGCAUCACUGUCUUUUUACUGAAGACAAUUUGACGGCUAACCUAACCUAGAAAAAUUUGACCGUUGGUUUAUGGUUUAUAUUUGGUUUUUCUGAUUUGUCUGUGAUAUUAGUUGAUUAGUUCAUGUUUAUGUGUUGCAUGAACGAAUCAUAUAUAUGUUUUGUGUAGUGUAUGUUCUUUUAAACAAGUGCUGAUUAUUUUAUAUUUUAAUGACUGAAAGUCUGAAAGCAGAACCCUCAAAAUGGCACCAUCCUUCCGAAGUGAUGAAGUUACACAAAUUGAAACAGAAAAAGAAGAAACUGCAAGCUCGGAUUGCUGGCAAUGCGUCCAACGAACCUUCAAAAUCCAGUUCGGCACUUGACGAAGUCUUUUCCGGGGGAAAGCGGAAAAAUCCUUUUUUAAAAGCUAACAGCACUAAGAAGACCAAGCCAGAACCGCCAAUUUUGGACGAGUCUACUGAUCAGACACUGUUCAAGUUAUUAAACCAAAAUAAUUCACAAGAAAGUCCAAGCAAUCUAUCUGUAACUUCGUUCGACAAUAUUUUGAAUAAGCUAAAUAUAAAACCAAAAGAAGUAGUUGAAAUUGUGAAAGCUAAAGGUAAAAAUUGGCUGCCCAUAGACUGGACGUUAAAAUCCAGGGUUCGAUUGCUAUCUGAGAAACCUUUCCACUGGAACCAAAAGCUCAAGAUCAGUGAAGAGGCAAGUGGAAUAACAGCUUUUACUAGAUGCUUAGGAUUGCCAGGACAGCACGCGAUCUGCGCAUGCAUACAGUUUUGGACUUACUCUUUGUUGGUUGUGGCACUUAGCACAGCACAACAGAAGCAGAUACUUUUUCAAGAUAAUAACACAGAUACAACAUUAGACACAUCUCCAAACGCCAAGUUCCACCAAUGUUGUCUGUAUUGGCAACAGCCCUGUUUACCGUGGCUGACACUGUUUCCAAGACAUUCGAGCAAAAGCUUACCAAGUGUAAUGGUCAUGAAUGCUCAGAUUAAAGACAGCCUUCAGCAGGCAUAUUCAGAUGGAAUGAGGUCUCUGUUCCAAUUGAUUCGUAUUAGGCAGUGCCCGUACUUUUAUGCCUGCGCCAACAACUUUACUGUACUGUUUCGCUCCGCUGGAAUCGGUGGAUUCACUGACGUUCAUGCUUUAAUUUGUCCAACAACUAGGGGAUUCAGAGAGUCGCUGAGACAGGAAGAAAUCGAGUUCACGAUGCCGUUGAAAAAUAAGAGAAACAGUGAUCAAGGGUACGACACGUGGGAUUCCCAGGAAACCGAAAAUGGGGACGUUGCUGGAGAAGAUGACGAAGAUGAUCCCGUGGAGGAGGGAUGGCUGAAGAGUCUCGGGGUGAACGAGAAGGAUAUCAAGCAGAUCAACUAUGCUCAGGACAGGCUAACCCAGAAACAAGAAUGUGAGAUAGACAACAGCGAACGCAGCCUGGUGCUGGUAGAAGGAGUGGAAGUUCUUGGCCUGCAUAACUUUCUGAUAAACUGCAAGAGUGCUGUCAGCAUUACCGGACAUUUGGCCGGCAUACCUCCGACUCUUCUGGCUCCGGUCGCGUUUAAAGGGGCAUCGUUGAACUCGCUAAAAGUCCGGCAGGCUAAGGUACAUUUAGACGAUUCCGAUUACUACUCGCUCGAGCUGUCCGGCCCCAUUUUACCUAGCACGAUGCACAAUCUGUUCGCCGUCAGUUCUCCUGAACACAGUUUGACGGCCACUUUCACCGACGUAUCGGUGACGGAACAUUUCAGCAAACUGCAGAAUAACGAAAGACGAUCCGACAUUCAGAACAAAGGAACGGUCGUGUUCGGGAAGGAGAACUUGUCCGAUUGUGGUCUGUUACCGAAAGUGCUGAAGCAUUUUUGUAACCCGGACCGGGAGUAUGUCACGCACGUGGAGUGUUUGAAGUAUGACUGUGAAACUAAGACUUACACUUGGACGUAAUUAUUCAUUUUAAUUGAUUGAUUGUACUGAUUAAAAUAGUGAGUUUUAUAUUUUA